CGUGCUCUCUGAGAGGGGGUGUCCCCUGCAGUGAGUGUUGGACAGCAGCUGAGUGCUCCUCCUCAAUCAUCUUUAAAAGCUGCUGGAAGCACUCGGACACGCACUCAGAAACCUGCUGAUAACCGAGACAAGAUGUUCUGCAGACGGGCUUUGCAAAGAGUGGGGCCGCUGGCACGGAGGGUUUUCAACCCAGCAGCCAGAAAUGCAGCUCCAGUGCGACACAUGGCCUUUGGCAUCCCCGGUGGCUCCAGCAACAUGGCAUACUUUGUUCUGUGCGGAGGAGGCCUCACUGCUGCCGUUGUCUAUGCCUACAAGGCAGUCAAUGGUGAUAGUGAGGACAAACUGGCCACUGUGGACAACGCAGCAAAGGCAGCUGAGGCAGCACCAGAGGUAGCAGCUCCUGCAGCUGAGCCCGCCCCAGCGGAGGAGGCGGCGCCGCCCACAGAGGUCAUCGCAGAGGUCGUCCCAGAGUCUGCCCCUGCCCCUGCUCCUGCAGAACCUGUAGCAGAGACCGCUGCUGAACCCAUUGUUGAGGCCGUGCCUGAAGCAGCCGCUGAGGUGGUUGUUGCUGAACCUGCAGCAGAGCCCGUAGCAGAGCCCGCAGCAGAGCCAGCAGUCACAGAGGAAGCUGCCCCUGCAGAGGUAGAGGCAGCUCCUGGAACCGCUCCUGUUGCUGCGGAAGUCGCCACCAUGGAGGAAACCCCAGCAGAGGCCCCUGCAGUGGAGGCGCCUACAGCAGAGAGCGCUGGUACGGCAGCAGUAGCAGUAGAAGUCCCUGUUGCUCCCCCUGCUGAGGCAGAGACUGGGCCCGCAGCCCCUGAGGCUGAGGCGGCCCCUGCCGCUGAGGUGGCUGCGUAGAGCUUUAAUGGUAGAAAGCAGAGCCACCUUGUUAGUUGUGCUGUGUCCCACCUCUCUGAGCCCGAGGAAAAAAGGACUCAUGAACCCCUGAUAAAUUGGGGGGGGGCGGCAUUUAGUUUUCACUUCUGCGUGGUUAAUAUAUGUCCCAGUUGGGGGUUCACCAGUCCAGUUUUUGGGUUCCUUCCUUCCCUUACCUCACCCCAAACUCCACACCCAAACCAGAAGAUUUGGCGUUUGUUUAAAUUCAGUUUGGAAAAUUCAGUUUCUAUAGGAAUUUUAUAACCAGAGCAAAUCCAAAUUAUGGUUUGUGUGUUGAACUUAAUGAUAAGGGAUAGAAAUGAGCUGAUGACUAAUCUAAGUGCUCUUAAAAAAGGACAGCCUCACAUUUCUUCUUCCUCAUCUAAAACCGUCAGCACACUGAAUGAAUGCUGUCCACAUGAUAAACUCGUCUGUCUCAUUCAACAUUUGCUCUUGACCUCUAUCUGCUCAGCCACUGCUUACAUCCAGCUAUAUCCCAUCAGUCUCUGCUCACAUCAGGACACUUUGCAAACAGUAGAGAUUGAACACAGUCAGCACGAUUAAUUCUGUUAGCAACAGUUUGCUCUUCUUUUCAUGACUGCAGCUUUUUAGUUUUCUUAAUCAUUUUUUGCAUGUCUUUCCCUAUUUGACUCCAGAAUGACAUGAUAUUGGAAUAGUUGCUCAUUUACCAGACAUUUUAUUUUCAGUGUGAAACUCAUUUUUCCGAUGUCUUUACUCCUUUAAAUGUGAACUCUUUCAGGGAACAUUACCGAACAUGCAUUCACUUGUCUCUGAGCAGUUUGUUUUCUGAUUAAUAGUCAAGUUUCUGAGAAUAAAACAUUAAGAGAAGGAA